AUGAACGGCAGUAUAGAUAGUCAUGAUCCAUCUAACGGAUACUAUACUGGCAAUACUCCAAUAUAUCGCAAUAAUUAUACAUCUAAUUUCAAACCAAAUACAUCAAAUAAUUAUUUUCGACAUUCCUAUUCACCACCUGCACACGAAAAUAUUAAUUUACAAGAAAAGCAACACUCAAAUACUGUAAACUCACGUUAUUUAUGUAUAAAUAAUCCUCAACAACAACAACAACGUUUAGCUCUUAAUAACUAUGGUUUUGAAAAUAGUGGAUCAUCACCAAUAACAUAUUAUGAUCGUAUUUUUGCACAAGUUCGUUCAAAUACACCUGUUUCUUCACAUCCAUCUCCAAUAUCUAGUCCAGCACCAGUGGUUGAUCAUUCUUUAUCAUCAUCAUCAAAAAAUAAUGAUGAUCUACCACUUGAUUAUUCUGAUUAUACAAUGGAUUCACUUAUUGAACGAUUAGUACCCAAUGAUAUUUAUAAACCAAAGUUAGAACCUAUUCAAUGGUUAGAAAAGCCGUCUCCAAGAGAAAAUCGUGCAAGACAAAUAUUUCUGCUGACAGAUGGAGAAAUUUCAAAUGUCGAGCAAGUCCUCGAUAUAUGUCGUUCGAUGGCUACCUCUACACGUAUAUUUUCAUUUGGUUUGGGUCAUUCACCGAGUCGUUCACUCGUUAAAGGUCUUGCACGAGCAACAAAUGGAUCCUUUGUCUUUAUUCCGCCUGAUACGAGCGUUGACGUACAUGUUGGUGAACAACUUCGAAAAGCUCUACAACCUUCCAUAACGAACAUACAAAUAAAAUGGAACGUAGAUAUUGACAUUAUGCAUGCACCUACAAAACCACCACCAGUCUACGCUAAUGAUCGUCUAAUAGUUUAUGGACUAGCGAAUGAUCCAAAAUUUGUGUUCGAUCAUAAUUCCAGUGUCAUACUAAAGAUUGAUGAGAAUCGUUUGGGAGAAGCUAAAAUAAAUUGUAUACCGCAGGUUAACAACAAUAAAAUGAUCGCAAGACUUGCAGCUAAAGCACUAAUUCUCGAAUUACAACAUUCGAAAUUAGCAUCAUCAACCAUAAAAAACAUUACAGGUUCAUUACAAAGUCGAUUUAAAAACGAACAGUUAUCUUUGACAUCAGCGAUGACAGUUGAUGAGAAAGAAAUUACAAAACAACGUAUUAUUGAACUUUCACUCAAGUAUCAAAUUUUAACUCCACACACUACUUUUGUUGGUAUUGAACAGCGAAUAAAUGGCAACAAUGACGGUAUGUUCUUGCGUGAGGUACCUAUUCAAAUAUCGACUGAUGAUCAACAUUUAUUCGGAUACUUUCCAAUGAGUUCUAUUCCAAAGGUAAAUUGCCAUAUGGCAGCACCCUCAGUUGCUCCAUCAUCUACGUAUCGACAUGCAUGUGGUUCAACUUCCCUUGUUACGUCAUUUGAUCGGUCUUCCGGAGGAAACAUGUUUGAUCCUUGCGUUGAUGAUAUUACUUCUUGUUGCCUGUUCUCUGAAGUAUCGGAAGAUUUCCUCGAACUAGACGAUAUCCUAUCCUAUAAACAGAAAUGCGAUGUGACUGAAAUACAUCAUCCAGACGAAGAAGAGCCGUGGCCAACAGAAGAUCAAAAUAUUGUUCGCUAUCUUAUCAACAAACAAAAGUUUGAUGGUUUAUGGGAUUUAAAUGAAAAAGAUAUAGAAAAACUAACUGGAAAAUCAUUAGCAAAUUUUUCACAAAUUGAGAAUCCGAAGGUAGCCAUGUUAGCUAUUGUAAUAAUCACAUUAGAAACACGUUACUCAGCAGUAUCUUUGAUGUGGCACGGUGUCAUACACAAAGCUCGCAAACGUCUUCUUGAAUUACUCGGCAACAAUGCUGAUCAGCUCCGAUCAAUUUUAGAAAUGGUUUGUCAACAAUUAUGA